GUCUGAAGAAAACUGAUAAGAGUGUUGCAGAAGAUUCUUCAAGACGAGUCGACUCAGUUGAUUUGAAUCUCGUGCAUUUCGUGUCAAUCACCAUGGACGAGUUGAAAUCAGCAUUGGAUGAGCACAUGGAUCUCAUGGCAGAUCUUGUUCAGAAGUUAUCUUCAGAGCUUCGUUCUGGUCUUCGUCCCGCUUACGAUAACUUCAUUGGGUUUUUCCAUGCCAUUGAUUGGAAGGAACCUUUUCUAAUAGGAUUGUUAACAUUCCAUGCUGUUUUGCUGCUUGUGACUGUCAUAUCUAGGAAGAAUACCAACUUCCAAAUGUGCCUGUUCCUUUUAACAUUGAUUGGUGUGUAUCUUGCCGAGAGGCUUAAUAGUGUCAUGGGAAAAAACUGGAAAAGCUUCGCUGCUCAAAACUAUUUUGAUCCAAGUGGAUUAUUCAUGUCAGUUCUUUGGUCUGGACCACUUCUUGUCAUUGCUAUGAUAAUCUUGGUAAACACACUCUUCUCCUUAUGUUACUUGAUUGUUAAAUGGAAACGAGCCGAACUAAGACAUCGUGCAAGAGCUGCUAGUAGUAAGCAGGACUAGUUGGUUUGUAGUAGGAUUUUGAUGUAUUAAACUCUUUCUUUUCAGUGAGGUUAUGCAAUCACAAGGUUUUAUGCGAAUGAAUGUCAUAUUUUGUUUUUAAAUAGUCUUAUGGACUACUCUUUACUAUCCAGUUAUGUUUACAGUCUAUGAUUGCUAUUAACAAAGGAAUCUUUGUAACAAAAACAAAUUGUGUACAUAUUUAAUGUUUUUUUUUCAGUAACUUCCAAAAUCAA